AUGAAUCGAAUUAAAUCAUUACUACCUCCAAUUUCAAUUAAAACAACAAUUACAUGUUUAUUAUGGUAUACAGUAUCAUCAAUUACUUCACAACUAACAAAACUAAUAUUAACUAGAUUCCCUUAUCCAUUAUUCCUAUCACAAUGUCAAUUCUUAACUGGGGCAUGUUUAGCAUUCACAUUCAUAUCAUUUACACAAUUGUUUCCACAAGUAAUAGAUGUGCUACCGGACGAUAGUGUACCUAUUGAUCCUUCAAGACCAAUAUUUCAAAUAGCAUUACUAUUGAAAAUCUUACCACUUGGUUUAUUUCAAUUUGCUGGCAAAUACUUUUCAUUAAAUGCAACUUCAUUAAUUCCAUUAUCUACAACAUCUAGUAUCAAAGCAUUAUCUCCUUUGCUAAUCGUUUUAGCUUAUAGAACUGUAUAUAAAGUGAUAUUCCCCAUAAUCACAUAUUUAUCGCUUAUACCUUUAUUAUUAGGAGUAAUAUUGAUUAUUACUUCUGAUUCAAUUUCAAAUUCCAAAAAGAAUCUAUUGGAAAAUGAAAAUAAUACUGGGUUAGAUACAAAACAUAUUACUGGGAUCGUUUACUGUUUUGUAAGUACAAUCAUAUUCGCAGCUCAAAAUGUAUAUGGUAAACAAUUAGUAAGUUGGGAUAACUCAGAUUCAACAGCUCAUAAUCCUGCCUCAUUGGUAUUAAAUACAGAAUUGACUCGACCGGGUACACCCUUAGUUACGGAUUUCGAUGAGAAAUCAAAUGGUGGAAGUUAUUUCAACCCUAAAAAAUCAAAACAACAAUACGUCAGACUGAGACCAUCUAUUCAUCUCCCAUAUUCGACCUCAGAUUUGAAUUUGAAUGAAAAAAGAGAGAAUUAUACUUAUUCACCAUUGAAUAAUGUAAACUAUAUCCAAACAGUUCAUGAUAAUAAUUCAAUGGUAAAUAAUCCAUUUGCAUACCUUGUUGAAAGAUUCCAACUUGACAAAAUCCCCAAACCUGAUAAAUUAACUAUAGUAUUAUAUUGUUCACUUGUGGGAUCGGCACUUUCUUUACCUCCAUUUAUAAUGAAUGAAAUGCCAAAGAUAUAUCUUCAAUUAUCUAAUGAAAUGCCAAAAGAAGGUACAAUCCAUACCACUUCGGAAGUUAUCACGAUAUUUGUGUUGAUAUUUUUAGAUUCUUUAUCUCAUUUCAUGCAAUUCAUGUUAUCAUUUCAUUUAUUAGGUCUGAUACCGGCAUUAUCCUAUUCAGUUGCAUCUAUGAUGAAAAGAAUCUUGAUUAUUGCCGUGAGUAUCGUGCUUGCGAUUGGACAUACCUCUGGUGGGGAUGGACAGAGAGAUAAUGAGAAAUGGUUUGGGAAAAUAUCUACUGAACAAUUUCUUGGACUUGGGUUGAUUGCCGUGGGGUUGUAUUGUUAUGAUAGAUGGGGUUCUAGGAGUUUGAAACCUCUGAGAACUUGA